GGAUCCCCCCUGCCCCUUCCCCUCCGCUGCCUCACUUGCGCCGCACGCGACCGGCGGAGGCUCCCCGCGUAGCGCCGCGAGCCCAACCCUAGCCCCGCCCGUCGGUCCUUCCGGUGGAUCAGCCGCCGAGCCCCUCAGGCAGGCAUGGCUCCCCCCGCGAACCCCAACCCCGCGGCGCCGGCCGAGCCGUCGCAGCCGCCGCCGCCGAAGGGGAAGAAGAAGGACGAGAAGAAGGAUGACGAUCUGUCGGAGGAGGAUCUGGCGCUCAAGGAGCAGCUGGAGCUCUACGUCGUGCGGGCGCAGGACGCGGAUCCCGGCGUGCAGAAGCUCGCGCUUGAGAGCAUGAGGCAGGAGAUUCGCUCGGCCACGAGCUCAAUGACUUCGGUCCCAAAGCCGCUGAAAUUCCUGCCCCCGCACUUUGGAACUCUGUCCUAUUUUGAAACAAUGCCAUAGUCCGAGCUCAAGUGGCAAAUCCGCAGCGAAUGUAGUAUCUCAAAGUGCACCAUCAACUUGAAAAAAAUGGAUUCACUGUUGGCGUUCAAUUUUUCCUCCCUGGGAAAAAAGGAAGACAGUCAGUUUUCUUUCUUUCUUGGAAAAACGAA